AGCCCGCCCUCCGCUCCGCCAGCUGUGCCCCUAAGCCGCCGCCGCCGCCGCCAUGCAGGGGGAGGACGCCCGAUACCUCAAAAGGAAAGUUAAAGGAGGGAAUAUUGAUGUACAUCCAUCAGAAAAAGCACUCAUUGUUCAAUAUGAAGUGGAAGCUACCAUUCUUGGAGAAAUGGGGGAUCCCAUGUUGGGAGAAAGAAAGGAAUGCCAAAAAAUCAUUCGUCUGAAGAGUCUCAAUGCCAACACAGAUAUAACUUCUCUGGCUCGGAAGGUGGUUGAAGAAUGCAAGCUCAUUCAUCCCUCAAAACUCAAUGAGGUGGAACAACUGUUAUACUAUCUGCAGAACCGCCGUGAUUCAUUGUCAGGAAAAGAAAAAAAAGAAAAAUCAAGCAAGCCUAAAGAUCCACCUCCUUUUGAAGGAAUGGAGAUUGAUGAAGUUGCUAACAUUAAUGACAUGGAUGAGUAUAUUGAAUUAUUAUAUGAAGAUAUUCCUGACAAAGUUCGGGGUUCUGCUUUGAUACUCCAGCUUGCUAGAAAUCCUGAUAACUUGGAAGAACUACUAUUAAAUGAAACUGCCCUUGGUGCGUUGGCAAGAGUCCUGAGAGAAGACUGGAAGCAAAGCGUUGAAUUAGCUACAAACAUAAUUUACAUCUUUUUUUGCUUUUCUAGCUUUUCUCAGUUUCAUGGACUUAUAACUCACUAUAAAAUUGGAGCUCUAUGUAUGAACAUCAUUGAUCAUGAGUUAAAAAGACAUGAGCUUUGGCAAGAAGAACUUUCCAAGAAGAAGAAAGCUGUUGAUGAAGACCUUGAAAAUCAAACCUUGAGAAAGGAUUAUGAAAAAACUUUUAAAAAAUACCAAGGGCUUGUGGUAAAACAAGAACAGCUACUACGAGUUGCUCUUUAUUUGCUUCUGAAUCUUGCUGAGGAUACUCGAACAGAACUGAAGAUGAGGAAUAAGAAUAUAGUUCACAUGUUGGUGAAGGCUCUUGAUCGGGACAAUUUUGAGCUGCUUAUUCUAGUUGUGUCAUUCUUAAAGAAACUGAGCAUUUUUAUGGAGAAUAAAAAUGAUAUGGUGGAAAUGGAUAUUGUUGAAAAACUUGUAAAAAUGAUACCUUGUGAACAUGAAGAUCUCCUGAAUAUCACCCUCCGGCUUUUACUAAACCUGUCCUUUGACACAGGACUGAGGAAUAAGAUGGUACAAGUUGGACUUCUUCCAAAACUCACUGCACUCCUAGGCAAUGAAAACUACAAACAAAUAGCAAUGUGUGUGCUUUAUCACAUAAGCAUGGAUGACCGCUUUAAGUCAAUGUUUGCAUACACUGACUGUAUACCACAGUUAAUGAAGAUGCUCUUUGAAUGUUCAGAUGAACGAAUUGACUUGGAACUCAUUUCUUUUUGCAUUAAUCUUGCUGCUAACAAGAGGAAUGUACAGCUUAUCUGUGAAGGAAAUGGGUUGAAGAUGCUCAUGAAAAGAGCUCUGAAGUUCAAGGAUCCAUUGCUAAUGAAAAUGAUUAGAAACAUUUCCCAGCAUGAUGGGCCAACUAAAAAUUUGUUUAUUGAUUAUGUUGGGGACCUUGCAGCCCAGAUCUCUAAUGAUGAAGAGGAAGAGUUUGUGAUUGAAUGUUUGGGAACUCUUGCAAAUUUGACCAUUCCAGACUUAGACUGGGAAUUGGUUCUUAAGGAGUACAAGUUGGUUCCGUACCUCAAGGAUAAACUAAAGCCAGGUGCUGCAGAAGAUGACCUUGUUUUAGAAGUGGUUAUAAUGAUUGGAACUGUAUCUAUGGAUGACUCUUGUGCUGCACUGUUAGCAAAAUCUGGGAUAAUCCCUGCACUCAUUGAACUGCUAAAUGCUCAACAGGAAGAUGAUGAGUUUGUGUGUCAGAUAAUCUAUGUCUUCUACCAGAUGGUUUUCCACCAAGCCACAAGAGACGUCAUAAUCAAGGAGACACAGGCUCCAGCAUAUCUCAUAGACCUGAUGCAUGAUAAAAAUAAUGAAAUCCGAAAGGUCUGUGAUAAUACACUAGACAUUAUAGCGGAAUAUGAUGAAGAAUGGGCUAAGAAAAUUCAGAGUGAGAAGUUUCGCUGGCAUAACUCUCAGUGGCUGGAGAUGGUGGAGAGCCGCCAGAUGGACGAGAGUGAGCAGUACUUAUAUGGUGAUGAUAGAAUUGAGCCAUACAUUCAUGAUGGAGAUAUUCUGGAAAGACCUGACCUUUUCUACAGCUCAGAUGGAUUAAUUGCCUCCGAAGGAGCCAUAAGUCCAGAUUUCUUCAACGAUUAUCAUCUUCAAAACGGAGACGUAGUUGGGCAGCAUUCAUUUCCUGGCAGCCUUGGAAUAGAUGGCUUUGGCCAACCAGUUGGCCUUCUUGGACGCCCUGCCACAGCCUACGGAUUCCGCCCUGAUGAACCUUACUACUAUGGCUAUGGGUCUCGAUAAAAUCAUCCCUUUCUGUGUGUACUCUCAGCUUAGAAGAACUCUGUGUGGGUUGGGUUAACUCUGAUCUUUGCCUAAUAAUGCAUGUUGAUACUAUUGUGGGUCUGUGUUUCUUCUUACUUUCCCUGUUAGCUGCAGAUAAACUCCAACCCUUUCUAUUUCCUGUCAAGUGAGUUGAUGCUAACACUGUUCACUCAUCUAGCCACACCCUGAUAUUGAAAACCAUUUACCAUGAGACUCAGAAGUGAAUGUUGAAAAGCUACUAGACUGGAAAACAGACACUACAUUAUGUACAUUAAGGGACUAAUUUAAUUUCUAUUAAAAGGAUGCAUAAAGUGCAAAUGAAUGAUCCAAA